AUGUCGCAGCUCCCGGCGCCCGAGAGGCGCGUCCUCUCAUUACAUACAACUCUAGGCUCAGACCCGGUCGAACUCAAGUGUUCUACGCUGUACUACCCCGUCUCCUGCACCAAGGACGGUCUCACACUCGUGUUCACGCACGGACUUGCCGGUCAUAAGGAACAGUACGACCCUGCUAUCGCGCGCCUGCUUAUCGCACGCUCAAACUCGCGCUACGAUCCGAGAUACAGCUGGGAAGGCGAUGUGCACAACGAAAGAUAUUGCGCUUUACCUACAAGCAUUCCUCUCUACUCCCUCGCUCAAGUCCAGCACAGUAGUAGGAAUAGCUCAUUCAGGAAGUUGUACUCUCUGGAUAUUUGCACUCACAUCCAUGCCUCCUUCUCUUACGCCCUUUGCUCUCGUAAUGAUCGAACCCACAUUGAUGUUCCUUCUCUUACUCCUACUGACCCUCGCUCCAUCCACGGAGCCGCAAACGUCCGAGGGUCACUGGCUAAACGCGAUCGCUGGACGGAUAGGGAAGCAUUGACGAAGUGGUUGGUUGGUGGGAAAGGCGUUUGGAGGAAGUGGGAUAAGAGGGUUUUAAGCAGUUAUGUGAGGUAUGGAUUUGAAGAGGUCAACGAGUCCGAACUUGGUGCGGGGAAGAGGAAGAGUUAUGUGACGCCUACGUUGAGGAAGGACGAAGAGAGCCCAUUGUAUGCGUGUUUAUCGCAUACGGUGGAGCCCGAGUCUCUCGGGCGUGCGUGUAGGGCGGUGGAGGAGGCUGGGAGGGGGGUUCAUGUUGUUUGGGCUGAUUUUGAGGAAUUUAUAUCUAAAAUGGCGAAGAAGGAGAUUUUAGACGCUGCGGAGCAUAGGGUAGUGUCUCAGCGGACUAUCAAGGGGGCAGGACAUCUGGUUCCGCAAGAGAAACCAGACGAACUUGGUGAGGCACUUGUCGAGAUCCUGAAUGAGAUUGUGAAUGGUUCGGGGAACACGAAGGCGAAGAUGUAG